CGAGGUGGCUAAGCCAUGUCUCUUGUGCUGCUGAGCCUGGCCGUGCUGUGCAGGAGCGCCACGCCCCGAGAGCCGGCUAUUCAGUGUGGCCACGAGACUGGGCCAUCUCCAGAGUGGAUGGUUCAACAUACUCUGACCCCAGGAGACUUGCGGGACCUUCAAGUUCAACCUCUUAAAACCAGGGUCGCAUCAAAAGAUUACUCAAUUUUGAUGAAUAUAAGCUGGAUACUCCGGGCAGAUGCUAGCAUCCGCUUGUUGAAGGCCACCAAGAUCUGUGUCACUGGAAAAAGCAGCAUGCAGUCAUAUAGCUGUGUGAGGUGCAAUUACACAGAGGCCUUCCAGAGUCAGACCAGACCCUCUGGCGGCAAAUGGACCUUCUCUUAUGUAGGCUUUCCUGUGGAUCCGAACACUCUCUAUCUCAUUGGCGCCCAUAAUAUCCCCAAUGCUAAUAUCAAUGAAGACAGCCCUUCUCUGUCUGUGAACUUCACCUCACCAGGCUGCCUCCAUCACAUCAUGAAAUACAAGAAACAGUGCAUUGGGGGAGGAAGCCUGUGGGACCCAAACAUCACAGCUUGUAAGAAGAACGAGAAGAUGGUUGAAGUGAAUUUUACAACCAGUCUUCUUGGAGAGAGAUACAUGGUUCUUAUUCAACGUAAUAUGGUUUUGGCAUUUUCUUAUGUGCUGGAGAACAAAGUGACACGGACAUCUGUAAUCAUUCUGGUGGCUGAGGAGAGUGAAGGUGCUGUGGUUCAGUUGAUUCCUUACUUCUCUACCUGUGGCAACGACUGUAUCCGGCGCAAAGGGACGGUUGUGCUUUGCCCUGAGAUUGGUGUCCUCUUCCCUCCAGAUAACAACAGAAGCAUGCUGGGAGGCUGGCUGCCUCUCCUCCUAUCGCUGCUGGUGGCUGCAUGGGUGCUGGUAGCUGGGGUCUACCUGACUUGGAGGCGUGGAAAGAUCAAGAAGAUCCCAUUUCUUCCUGCCAACCCACUCCUGCCUCUGGUGAAAGUCCUUGUAGUUUACCCACUUGAGAUAUGCUUUCAUCACACAGUCUGCAACUUCACUGAAUUUCUUCAGACCCACUGUGGAAGUGAGGUCAUCCUUGAAAGGUGGCAGAAAAAGAAAAUAGCUGAGAUGGGUCCAGUACAGUGGCUUACCACUCAGAAACAAGCAGCAGACAAAGUGAUCUUCCUUCUUUCCAAUGACAUCCACAUGGUUUGUGACAGUAGCUGUGGCCAGAGUGAGGGUAGCCACAGUGAAAACUCUCAGGACCUGUUCCCUCUUGCUUUUAACCUUUUUUGCAGUGAUCUCCGCAGCCAGACUCAUGUGCACAAAUACCUGGUGGUCUAUCUUGGAGGGGCAGACGUCAAGGACGACUACAGCGCUCUGCGCGUGUGCCCCCAGUUCCACCUCAUGAAGGACACUGCUGCUUUCCACACAGAGCUUCUCCAGGUCAGACAGCAUGUAUCAGUGAAAAGACCGUCGCUGGCCUGCCACAGCAGCUGUGCCUCUGUGUAGCCUCACAGAAGGGAGAGGCCUUGAAGCCUUCCUACUCCAGCAACUACU